AUGUUUGGAGAAGAAAAAGUUCAAGUUCAAAAUGAGGUGGAUGCUUCACUUGUCAUUGCCGCUUUGUCCUUGAAUUUAUCAGAGAAUCUUACCAAAGAGGAUCUUGGUUGUUCUUCUGGGAGUGGCAAUUCAAAUGGAACCAAGACAGUACCCAAACAAGUAAAGGGGUCUUUUAAGAAACAUCCAUUGAAGGCUAUUCAGAGCACUAUUAACAUGACAGUUUCCAGUCUGAAGAAAGCAGUAGGAAGGAAGAAUGUGAAAAUAUCCAGAUCAGCAAAACAAGACUUUAUGGUAAUAUCAGAGGAAAAGCAAGAAAAGCACGAUGGAAGCAAAAAUAAUCAUCCACAGAGCAUCUCACAGAAUCUUAAAAAGAAGGAUCUUGGGUAUUCAUCUGAGGCUUCUAAUCAAAAAGGAAAAAAUACAGUAAAUGAACAAGUCGAAGUAGAGCCAGCCUUGCAGAUGUCAUCAGAUGAAGAGAAAGAAAGUCAUGAAGGAAAUAAAAAUAAACAGUCACAGGUUAAAAAACAAAGGAAGAAGUGUGAAGCUAAUGAGAUAGAAGUAUCUAAAUACCUCUGUGAUAUUGCAACUGAUGACAGUGAUGAUGAUGGAUUUACUCAAAAAAGAAAGGCUGGAGAAACCUACAAUCAGCAGUUUUCUAGGAAGGAGAAUGAAAAGUGGGACAGGCCUACAAAGAGAACAUCUAAGAACAAGAACAAGGUGAAAAAACAAAUACACACUAUGGAUGACCAUGAUGACUUAACCUGUUCAUCUGAGGGAGACUCAGAGGAUUAUGAGUUGCCUUCUGUUAAUUAUAAGAAUUUGACAUUUCUUGCUAAACAACAUGGAAAGCACUAUAAAGAUUCUUUUAACCAAUUGGAAAUUCAAAACACAGCUCUUCCCUGUAAGAGCCAUGCAGAACGUAAUAAAAAUUAUUAUAAAAAACUUACAGAUAAUAUCAAAGCACUGGAAACUAUGAUUAUUUUUCUAAAAAUGAAGCUAUCUAAAACGAAAGGAAUAAACUUACAGUUAUACCAUCAAAGAUGUGAAUGGGAGCAAAAACUCCACAGUUUGAGAAUUGUCAAAGGCAUGAACAUGAAAGAGAUCUCCUGAACAAAGAAAUUGUCAGACUAAGAUUGAAAGUAGAAAGAAUGAAAAUGAACAAUGAGGAGAUAGACAAGAAACACUUGCGGGACUUGGAAAUCAUCAAAGACAAGACUGAUGAUCUUCAAAAUGCUGUAAAGCUCAGUGAAGAAAGGUUAAUGAAAGUAACAGCCCAGUAUAAUGGCCAGCUCAACAUACUACGAGACGAGAAUAAAGUGCUACAAGCCAAACUGAAGGAAGCGAAAGAAAACCAGGAAAAACUAGAAGCAGAACUUGAAUCCCACCGUCUCAGACUGGCAGAUGCUAACAAUGAGCGUCACCAAAGUCAGGUCUCCCAAAGAGACCUUGCCUUCAUUGUCCAGAGAACAAAAGAAGAAUGGUCUGGUACACUGGAGUAUAUGAACUCUCGUGCCGAAACCCUUUUCCAACAACUCUGUGAUGCAGAAGAGAAAUUCAGUUGCCUGCAAG